UUUAUCAUCACUGAUGAUAUCAUAGAAAGCAGCUCUUUGCUUUGGCAUAUUGAAAAGGCCAGGUUCUAUGGCACUGUGGCUCUUUUGUCAAACUGAAGCGACGAGGCUGCGGCACAUUUUAUACUCCGGAUUCUGAGGCAAUAAACACGAUGGCGCUCACAGCCUUUUGCUUCACUGUCCUGCGCUGGCCAACCUCAUGGUGAACUGUGCUGCCCAUCCCCCCACGCACUGUGUUAACUGCCUGUCCCCAGCAGGAUGAGCUGGCUGUAAACCACACCGGUUCUAUUAAUUAAUUAAUGUACCCUAACGGCAGGGUUGGCUCCCUCCACUGUAGUGGAGCAGUUUUCAGCCGCCUGCAGUGGUGACCGCCAGUGUGUCUUUGGGUUCCUGCAGUGGUGUUAGGAGAAGGGGAAAAAGACAAAGAGGAGCAAAGCAGCAGACAAAUGUGGAUGGAAGGAAGCCGUCAGCAUCAUAGUAACAAUUAAUCACCCGGGGCCAUUGUGGUCCUGUCCUGUAAACGGCGCCAGUGCAGGCAGGCGGGCAGAGAGACAGAAGAAGAGAGGAAGAGGCAGAGGAAGAGAGGGAGAGAGGGGGCAGGGUGGCUGCAGGGAGAAAGAAGGGGAGAGAAUGGUUGGGGAUCAGCCUGUGUGUCCACCUCAGCUCAUGCUGCGGGGCUGGGGAGCAGUGCUGCUGUCUCAGUGCAUGUCCUCCGUGUUCUCCCAGAUCCCGGACCCGGAGCUUUUACCCACAGAUCCGCCCAAGAAGCCGGACCCCGUCACCUCGGAGACCGUUGUUUUCUGGGGGCUGCGGCUAUGGCAGGUCAUCGGCAUCUUCGCGAUGUUCGCUUUGGCAGUCGUCAUCACUCUGUGUUGUAUAUUCAAAUGUCGCAUCCCGAGAACCAAAAAGGAAAUUGAGGCCCGACACGCACAAAGACAAGCUGCCAAGAAAUACGCCAACACGUUAGAGACGGUGCCGCCUCUGAAUGAGCUGACUGAGAUCCCGGGAUCUGCGAAAGUUGAAGAAACCGAGGAGGUGACAACGGUCUCUGGGAAAGUGGACGCCGAUAAAGGAGAGAAGAAGUCCAAGGAGGGCAAGAAAGAGGGCAAAGGUGCCAAAGAGGGGAAAGGAGAUGAAAAGGAAGGGGGAACAAAGAAGAAGGGUGAAAAAGGUGACAAGGAGACAUCCAAAAAAGAAGGCGGUGAAGGGAAAGGGAAGAAAUCUGGAGAGAAGGGAGAGAAGGGGGAGAAAGGUGAGAAAGGAGGCAAAGGAGGGGCUAAAGGGGGAGCCAAGAAAGCCCAAAAGUGAACUCUGCAAAAGAUCGUUUCAUAUUUUUCACUGUGAGCAUUUUGCACUCUUUUUUUCUAAAAAUUUGUAUCAUAUUAAAUUUAAAAAAUGAAUAAAAAAAACCUCAUAUAUAAGAAAAUGCAUUGUGUCUGUGGUUCGGAGUCACGAAAGUCGCAAGAAUAUCAGAGUACAGUAAAAUCAUACAUUUAUUGUUAUUUAUUCACAAUUCACUGGUGAACACUGGAGACCAGAAAAAACAAAAACAAAAACAAAAAAAACAUCCUCUAUUUUUACCCCAAGUUUACACUGAUAUCUACAGCGUGCCCGCGUCACUCUACAGCGAUGAGAAGAUGAGAUGAGACUUUAGCCAAACACUGCCCACAGACCGUAUCUAAAGCACGAAUGUCGACUCCACUGAGCACAGUUCGGCACGAGAUAAAUAAAAAGACAAUGAAAACAAAACACAUUUUAUACUCCCAUGAGAGGUAUUUUGAAAACAAUGAAAUACAACAUUAGCUCUAAGAUUAUUGGCCUCACUGUACAUUUGAUUUCCAAAAAAAAAAAAAAA